UGAUUUGCUACUUGUUUGCUAUGCUACAUAUUUUUUAUUUUAUUGAAAAUUAUUAUUACCUACAGACAAAUUAUCGUUCAAAAUAAUUAUUCAUUGCUUAUUGUUUUAAGUUAUUUUUAAAUGGACACCAUGAUGAGCAAUCUUCUAAAUACCACGAAAACAGCUCUCUGCAGUAAUGUUCAGGAAGAAGUAAAUAAAGCAAACUUUUUUAACUUCUUUACUAAACUUUUAGAAGACUGCAGUUUGUGUGUUUCCCAGAGUUUAGAUUCUGCGGUGGAUUUGCUAUGUGAAAACAAUUUCAACACAAACAGAUUAAUAGAGUACAUUGAAGACACUGUAUGUCUGUUGCGUCUCAUGUGUAACUACAUCAAAAAUGUUGUGGAAUUAAUUUCGUUGUAUUGUUGUACCUUGACGUCAUUUCCAAUUACAACAGCACAAAUAUUGGUUACUGUUUUUAAACAUUGUAAGGAAAGCGAGCACAUCUAUGGAGGUAACUUGGUAAAAGUUGGCAAGCAACUGAAGGAUCUGUUUCGAACAUGCCAUGAGCUACAGUUAACAUAUCUGAUGGUAAUGGAAAAGCAUUUCCUGUUUGAUGUGUCUAAAAAAGAUGAACAACAGAUUCUACUGAAAGCGCUACAAAUUAAUUUGGAGAUAGGCGAAAUUGUUCAAGGUUUAGAUGUAAAGACAUUGGCGGAACAAUGGAAGGCUUACACUACCAUGUGUGAAAAACAUGUGACAUAUUUAAUGGAUACAAAUGUAUACAGUGAAUGCACACAAAUUUUGUGCAGCAUGAUCAAGAGUAACAUUAAGAAUUCUUUGGAGGUGGGUCUAGAUGAAAAAGUAGUGAUAAGAUCUCUUAAAGUCACCACUUUCGUUAUUAAAAUACUAUUGAAAGUCACAAAUAUUUUUAGGAAUGUCACGAUUAAUAAACAUGAUGAUGUUGUGGAAACAUUGAUUGAUAUAUACUUAAAUAACGAAGCUUAUUUGACAUUGCAACAGAGAUCACCGCAGCUUAUUAAUAUGUUUCAAGCAAAUGUGUUGAGUCCUACAAAUCUUUUGCUGAGUGAACUUUUGCAAAACGAAUCAUUUGCCAAUUGUCUUCACCUUUAUGAUGUGGCUGACAUAAGAAAAGAUGAUAAACUACUUGGAUUUAUAAUUCUCAUGACAACUGUUAUGAAACACAUCUUACGCGAUGAGGAAAAGUCAAAAGUUUCGUCGCAAAACCUUCUUAGAUGUGUCUUAGAUUGUGUACCUUACUGUCACAUUUGGUUCAGCAUGCCAUUGAAAUUCGACGGCGAAUCAUUGAACAGUGAAGCUACGUACGGUUUGUAUGAACACCUUCUCACUCACACGGCAGCUGUCUCGCUCACACUGGAUUACGAGGAAAUGUGUGCUUUGGAAAAUAUUAUGUGCGAGAGUUUACUUGCCACUGAUUGUUGGCGAGGGUUGUUUGCGUCAAACCUAUGGGUUUUGGUGGCUAGAAUGAGCUGUCAACCUUUUAUACUAUCCCAAUUAGUUUAUCUGUGUGGGAUGUAUCAGAAACUUGAGAACCAUUGCUUGUUUGCAAACUCUCCACAGCAUAUAUACCUAAGCUCAACAAUUACUAGACUUUUUGAACUGUUAGACAAGGACCAUAAGACAAAAUUGUUAAGGCAUUUCAGCCCUCUCUGUGAUGAGGCAAAUAUAAGUUUGUGGAUAGCCUUGAGAGUAAACAAUGUUCCUUGGGAGUAUAAAUCCAAAUUCGAGGAAGAAGUUAUUGAAGAAUGUAAACUGGCAAUAGAUAAGUUCUGUUCUUCGAAUGCAAACAGUUCGGAUAUAAGGAGCUUGAUCAAAAUUAUAAAUUUACUCGCGACAUUCUCAAUAACCGCUGAUAAAAUGGAUGAAUACGUAAUAAAAGCUUGGAUAAAAGUUUGCCUCAAGAAUAACAUUAGUAUAUCAAAAGGAGACUUCGACAAAAGUACUAUUUGGUUUCUGGAAUAUGUUCAGGCGAUUACUGAAUUAACAAAUUCUUUGAGAAAUAAACUAUUUGCAAAUCCUACUAAUUUAAUGAAGAUUUUGCAUGUGAUGUUGACACUAAUACAAAACGGAAAUACUGAACUCAGGUUGUAUCUAAUUGAACCUGUUUGCAAAUAUGCGAUUUUACAUAAACCAGAGAGCAAAAAUGCAGUGGAGUCAAUGGUAUCCGACGCUUUUCUUAUAUUAUUUCAGUCAGAUGUUAUAGUCAAGGGCAAGUUGCUCAUAAAGUUGAAUAAGUAUAAACGUGAUGUUAAAAUGGAUAAAAUAAUAUCUCAGACUGUGAAUCAAGACAAUAUAUUUCGAAAAUCUUGGAAUAGCUUCAAAGAAAAACUGCAAGCACCCAUUGAAAGACAUGUAAAAAAUGAGCAAUUAGAAAUGACAAUGGAAUAUCAUUAUAGUCACAGAUGCCUAGAUAAGGAGUCGGAAUUGAUAAGUUUUAAGAAAGACUUAGAUUUCAAUAAUUCAAAUUUGGUUCAGCUGGAAAGAAAAUCUAGCGAGAAUUUUGAUUUCGUCGAUGUAGAAGAAAUAUUUGAGCAUGAUAGUGAAUCCGAGCCUUCAAGAAAGAAAAUUAAAUAUAAUAAUGAUGCGAAUGAUAUUGUAUGUAGACUUGAAAAUGACACAAUGUUGUUGUAUAAAAUCAAAGAAAAUGUUUUUGAUGCCGAUACCAAACGGAGAUUAAAAACUAUAUGCGAAAAGUUAAAAAAUAUAGUUGAAUGA